CUUCAGUUCUUUCUACCUUAACCUCACCCUAACUUUCCACCACACCUCAAAAUCGACGUCAAUUCAGCAGAAUUAAGUCCCUGAAUUAAUCGAUAAUCGCGCGAUUAUUAAAAACUUUGGUCGAUUUACUGAGGUGGGCGCGAGCGCGCCCCUGAGCGACUCGCAAUGGCGGCGGCGGAAGCGACUUCGAGGUCGUCGCAUGGCCCAGCCAAGCGCAAACAAUUCACGCCUUCUGCUGGCCCAGUGCUGAUAGAGAUCUCGUCUGAUGAAGAAGACAAUACCUCCACUUCUCUCCCACCUGCAAAAAGACAAAAGUCUCAAAAUCACCCGCCAGUCUCAAGUUCUUUGUCAGCAACACGCCAAGAUCGUUCUUUACGUGAACUGUUCUUCCCCUCUAAUCGGCCAUUGGCUGAGACACCCUCUGCGGCCACUCUGAACAAGUCACGUGAUAGGAAUGCACGUGAUGCGAUUCCACGUGAUCGGGAUGGAGUGAGCGGGCUCCCAAAGGACAAAGGGUCACAGCAACAGGUCAAGAGCUCACCAUGGAACAGGCUUUCAGAUUUCGCACCCCCGCGCUCGCAGGAGCAAGAUGGUCUGGUUGUGGACUCAAGCAGGAAGUCGACUCCCAGGGUUUCCUCGAAGUCGAAGCCUCCGCUGCUCGAGAGGAUCGCCGCAGUCAGGGAGGCGGCUCGUUCAGAGACACCACCUGCGGCGUUGAAACAUGGUGAGCCUGGAAAGGAGUCUGGCAAGGAGAAAGAAAGUCUGGAGGUUACCUUGAAAUAUGCCCGUCCUUUGAGGCGCCGCUCCAGAUCACCUGUUCCUUUGACCAAGCGCACGCCCGUUGUUGAGCUAGAAAUUCCAAAAACGCCAAGCAGAAAUGGCUUUCUGCGACAAGAUCAGGACGCCAAGGCUAAUGCGCCUGCGCCAAAGACGCCUUCGUCAUCACAGAAGCUGGUCUCUGUCGACAUUCCCCUGCGGCGUGAAUCUGGUCCUGCGGAAACACACACCAGAAAGCCGAGCAUCGAAGUCCGCAUUCCCCAAGGUGGGCUCAAAGCACAGCGGAGAGUGUUAUUACAAGAACUGAAGAAGGACACGAGCAUCGCUAUCGAAAAGCCCGAGCUUGUGCGCCGCGUUUUCGGGCAGACCGGGUUCUCACCUGUUUUCAGCGUGGACGAAGACGAAAACAUCGAGCGGAUGCGGAAGAUGGCGUCCAAGAAGAAACGAACGGCUCCUACGCCGGGAGCAGAGGCUCUUCUGACUACCGGAGACAUGCCAUACAUGGUCGAGCUUAUGGAGGAACUGAACCUGAGCAAAAACAAAAAAAUGGUGCAUCCGGCCGACACUGCGCGCGAAGUCUUGACCCGACGCUUCCAAGAAGAAUUCGAUCCACCCCUGACAUUCGCCAACGACGUCAACGAGCGACGUUUACAUGGGAAGUUCCAGUUUACAGAUCGCUACAUCAUCCGCGAAGGCGUCCGAAUGGCACCUCCCGGCACCAACGCCGGCUGCGACUGUGUCGGAGUCUGCGAUCCAUCGACCUGCGCCUGUUUCGCUAAAGAAGUGCCUGAUGAGGUGGGAAAGGGUACGCAUAAGGAGCAGAUCCAGACCUACGUCCGACGACCUGAUAAUGGCAUGGUUGUCUUAUCCGACACUUUCAUCGCCAGCGAAUUGGAUCCGCAAUCAAAACGCCAUUUCGAGGUGACCGAGUGCAAUGAACUGUGUGGCUGUGGACCCGACUGUAUUAACCGCGUCGUCGGCAAAGGACGCACCGUCCCGCUCGAGAUCUUCCAGACUGCCAAGUGCGGAUUUGGCGUCCGUUCGCCCGUCGACAUCGUCAAGGGUCAGUUCAUCGAGUUGUAUCUGGGCGAAGUCAUAACUGAGGCUGAACUCUGUCGUCGCGAAGCCACUGCAGAUGCAGGGGAACCCAGUUACAUCUAUUCACUGGAUUGGUUCGGGGCCCUCAACUCAAAGUACCAUGUCGACGGCAAGUAUUUUGGCUCAGCAAUGCGCUUCGUCAACCAUAGCUGCAACCCCAACGCGAGAUGCUUCAUCGUCCAGCUCCACAAGGGUGAUAAGAAGGUCUAUUAUCUGCCCUUUUUUGCCAUCAAGGAUAUCAAGGCUGGUGUUGAGAUUCGCAUUGAUUAUCAGCCCGGUGAAACUGGAGGCCAGGAAUACGAAGCUGAAGCCGCAGAUGAAUUCAAAGCUGAAGACGAGGCUGGCACUGGGCAAUAUCAUCUCAAGCCAAACCCGAAAAUCAAUUCCACCGCUGCCGAUGUCCUCGCUAAUACCGAGGGUGACGAUGAUUUGGUCCGCUGUUACUGCGGCGAAAAAAAUUGUCGCAAGUACCUCUGGUCGUUGGACGUCAAGGCCCGGCGCAGAAGACGCAAACAAGCUGGUUGAACUUGGAACCGAAUCGAUUCGAUCAAAGCCCAGCUCUUGGAUUGCAGGCCACUGGGCGGAUUUGCACCAAACCAAAAUGUUUCCGACUUGACACAACUUGAACCAGCAGAGUGGCUCAUUGAGAACAUUGGCUAGGAUCGGACAGAACAAGCAACUUGAGCGUUUUUGUUUUCUUUUCGGCAGCAUUGAAGAUACGACAUGACCCGUCACUCAGCCCAAUUGUGGUCCUGUCCAUGGACAGAACUCGGAUGAAGGGGGGCUUGAGUGAGCUCGAUGAUUUUGCGCCUGCUUGCGCAAAAGCGUCGAUGAUUCAAGGAACAGCACAGGAGCACAUUGGCUGAAUGAGAUGAAGAUGUUUGAUUGUACAUUACGAACUGGAAGGCGCAGUGACGCCGUACGUACGCACAUCCGUACAUACGUACACCGCGUAGCAUGCCUGGCAUCGGGCGGCAUGGCGUGGUGUUGUAAGAUAAAUAGCGCAUGGUGAAUGAAACUUGAACCUUUAAUUGAUA